UAUGUGCGUAAGUUUUCAUGUGGUAGCUAAAAGAAUAGUAACAGAUUGGCGGGAACAAUUGUUAAUCUAACAAUUAUUGUUUGUUUAGUUAUAAAGUUUAUUUAUCACGAACAAUCACUUAUACAAGCUGAUUUGAAUAAUUGCGGUAAAAGAUAUUAAUCUUAAAAUUUCUUAAAAACAAAAAAUGGCGGAAAAAUUAGAAGAUUUAAAUUUACCAAAUGCUGUAGUUACAAGAAUAAUAAAAGAAGCAUUACCAGACGGAGUAACAGUAGGGAAAGAAGCAAGAGUUGCAGUUGCAAAAGCGGCAUCAAUAUUUAUUCUUUAUCUUACAACUUCUGCUAAUACAUUAGCAAAAAAAGCAAACAGAAAAACAAUUACGGGGCAGGAUGUUUUACAAGCUAUGGAAGAAAUAGAAUUUGAUAGAUUUAUUAAUCCCCUUAAUGAAGCUUUAAGUAAUUUUAAAAAAUCACAAAGAGAAAAAAAAGACACUCAUUUAAAGAAGAAACAAUUAAAAGAUGACAAAUUAACAAAUGAUAUAAUUGAUGAUGAAUAA